AAAAAGCAGAUAAAGAGAAAGAUCUCACACACACCAAAGUUUAGGAGAAAACCGAAUUGGUUAGCGGAGGAGGGAGAGUAUAGAGAGACCAGCCCAUGUGUACGCGCUUCUCCUCUCAACAAUAAAAUUGCUUCGACAACGGAACGUGAAGGGGCUUUUAUCCACUUAGGUCACAGAGAGAGAGAGAGAGAGAGAGAGAGAGAGAGAGAGAGAGAGUUGAAUCCUCCUGCAUCGAUCGGUAUGGAGAAGGAUAAGAAGAAGAAGAAGAAGAUGGAGUGGUUUUGGCCGGAGAAGAACAACGGUGGAGUUAUUUUGGAGGCGGAGGAUGUGGCGGCGGAACAUUUAUCUAGAGAAGGGACAAUGAGCCAAUACAGCUUUAGCAAAGGUCUUCUUCCGCCUCUCGGAGUCGGAGCCGCCGGUCGUUCUAGCCGUCACAUUAAGCUCCGCUGCUUCAUCGUCUCUCCCUUCGAUCCUCGCUAUAGAGCGUGGGAUUGGUUUCUAGUGGUUUUGGUGCUUUACACAGCAUGGGCUUCACCUUUUGAGUUUGGGUUCCUGCAAACACCAAGAGCACCUCUCAGUAUUCUUGAUAACAUUGUCAACGGGUUUUUCGCUGUUGAUAUUGUUCUGUCAUUCUUUGUUGCCUUCUUAGACAAGGCAACUUAUCUCCUAGUCGAUGAUCCCAAGAGAAUAGCUUGGAGAUAUGCCUCCACUUGGCUUAUUUUUGAUAUCGUAUCUACAGUUCCUUAUGAACUUUUUGCCAGCUUAUUGCAUAAGACUAUUCAAGGAUAUGGGAUUUUCAGUAUGCUGCGUCUAUGGCGUCUCCGCAGGGUCAGUAUAUGUUUUGCCAGAUUGGAGAAAGAUCCGAAAUACAGCUACUUCUGGAUUCGAUGCACGAAACUUUACCUUGCUGCUCUCUUUGUGGUUCACUGUGGCGCCUGCUUCUUGUAUUCUAUUGCUGCACAUUACCCAGAUCCCUCAAUGACAUUUAUGGCACUUGCUGAGGAAAAUUGGACAAAGAAAAAUUUGCUUAUCCGGUAUGUUACAUCAAUGUAUUGGUCCAUAACAACUUUCUCAACAACGGGUUAUGGUGAUAUACAUGGUAACAAUGCAAGCGAGAGGGCCUUCAUCCUCUUCUACAUGAUAUUUAAUCUUGGAUUGCUAGCUUAUAUAAUUGGUAAUAUGACCAACUUGGUGGUUCAUGUGACCAGUCGCACCGUUAACUUUAGAGAUACUAUCCAAACAGCCUCAGCAUUUGCUCAGAGGAACAAUCUUCCAGUGCGCUUGCAAGAACAGAUGGUAGCUCAUUUAUCUUUGAGGUACAGAACUGAUUCAGAAUGCCUACAGCAGAAAGAUAUUAUUGAUUCCCUCCCCAAGGCUAUCCGUUCCAGCAUAUCACAUUAUCUGUUCUACGAAAUUGUUGACAAGAUCUACUUGUUCCGUGGAAUAUCCAAUGAUCUUCUAUUCCAAUUGGUCACUGAGAUGAAGGCCGAGUAUUUUCCUCCUAAAGAAGAUGUGAUUUUGCGAAAUGAAGCACCAACUGACUUUUACAUAAUGGUCACAGGGGCUGUUGACAUCAUUGCACAUGUGAAUGGAGUGGAUCAGGUAGUUGGUGAAGCACGCACAGGUCAGGUUUUUGGUGAAGUAGGGGUCCUAUGUUACAGGCCACAUUUGUUCACAGUUCGUACCAAGCGAUUGAGUCAAUUGCUUCGCCUGAACCGUACAGCAUUCUUAAACCUUGUUCAAGCAAACGUUGGUGAUGGAGCAAUAAUCAUGAAUAAUCUUCUUCAGCUGAAACGAGGCUCAAACCCAAAUGAAACAGAUACGAACGGCCGAACCGCGCUGCACAUAGCAGCAUCAAAAGGUAACCAAUAUUGUGUUGUAUUACUUCUCGAGAAAGGAGCAGAUCCUAACAUUAGAGACUCAGAAGGUAAUGUACCAUUAUGGGAAGCAAUCAGUGGGAGACAUGAAGGAAUUGCUAAACUCUUAUCAGAAAAUGGCGCAACCCUAAGCUUUGACACAGUAGGGCAUUUCUCUUUAUUAGCUGUUGGAAAAAACAGCUUAGAUACACUCAAAGACAUUCUAAAAUACGGUGGAGAUAUCUCACUCCCAGAUGUCAACGGAACCACAGCUUUGCACAGAGCAGUCUCAGAAGGAAACGUGGAGAUUGUGAAGUUCUUGUUAGAGCAAAGAGCUGACAUGGACAAGCCAGAUGUUUAUGGUUGGACGGCUCGUGGUCUUGCUGAGCAUCAAGGACAUGAAGAUAUCAAAGCUUUGUUUCAUAAUCAGAGACCAGUGGAGAAGAAACAGAACUUUGUUUAUGGCACACCAGAGGUUAAAUCAUUGAUGAAACAUUGCAGCGAGCCUGUAAUGAUUUACCACCGUAUAAGGGAAGCAAUGCCGCCUAUCUACCGAGCUGUUUCUCAGAGACGGAAGCCAAGUAAUUUCAAGAACUCUCUGUUUGGUAUCAUGUCUGCUGCCAACACUGGUGAGGAAGGUGGGGCAUCUACCAGAACUGCAGCAAUAAGUGAAGGGGGAGCAGGUGUGGUUUAUCCGGCGAGAGUGACGAUCAGUGGUGAGGUUUCCUCCUCGGGUAAACUAGUAAAGCUACCGGGUUCUCUUGAAGAGUUAAUUGAAAUUGGUGAGAAGAAGCUGGGAUUCGUAGCCACAACGAUUCUGAGCAGAGAAGGAGCCGAAAUCGACGACAUCAGUCUUAUAAGAGACGGUGAUUUUCUCCUUCUUCUGGAGGUUUCUUGAUAAUCACGCAAGUUUAAAAAGUUAAACAUGUAAAGCCCUAAAGGGAUUGGGUUUUAUACUUUUGAGCCAUUAUAAUGGGAUUCAUAAAAUCAUCUAUGUCAAGAUUUUAUGAUCAUGAAACUGCAACUCGCUCACUUUUAACAUAAACGCACAAAAACAUAAAAGUAAAACGAUAAGUAGAAGGAAUUCUCUCUUGUCAUCCAGCUUU